AGGGCGGGGCCGAGUGGGUGGAGGCCCCUUGCCCGCCCCGCCGUCCACGUCCGCCCCCGCCCCCGUGGGAGAGGCUCACAGAACCCGGAGCUCGGAAUUUCCCGUCCUCCGGAACGGGCUGUCGGAAAGACAAGCGGGGCGCGUGGAAAAACCCGGCGCCGGAUCGCGCAGUUGUCUUUGACGCGGAGAGCUGUGGGACGCAACCGCCACCGCCUCCAGAGCGCCGGGCGGAGAGGGAACAGAGACCGAACCGCUGCCGCUGCCCCCUCCCCCGCCCCCGGCCCUCCAGCUCCCGGAGCCUCCGCUUCCUCCCCCAAACCCCCUCCCCUGGCCAUGGAGUGCCCUCACCUCAGCUCCAGCGUCUGCAUCGUCCCGGACUCGGCCAAGUUCCCCAACGGUUCCCCGUCGUCCUGGUGCUGCAGCGUGUGCCGGUCCAACAAAAGCCCAUGGGUCUGUUUGACUUGUUCAAGUGUUCAUUGUGGAAGGUAUGUGAAUGGUCAUGCAAAAAAACAUUAUGAAGAUGCACAGAUUCCCUUAACUAACCAUAAGAAAACAGAAAAGCAAGAGAAAGUUCAACACACUGUGUGCAUGGAUUGCAGUAGUUACAGUACAUACUGUUAUCGCUGUGAUGAUUUUGUGGUAAAUGACACCAAGCUGGGACUGGUACAGAAAGUCAGAGAACACUUACAGAAUUUGGAAAAUUCAGCUUUCACAGCGGACAGACAUAGGAAAAGGAAACUUUUGGAAAACUCAUCUCUAAACAGCAAGUUGUUAAAAGUAAAUGGAAGUACCACUGCCCUUUGUGCUACAGGCCUUCGGAAUUUGGGGAACACAUGUUUUAUGAAUGCUAUUCUUCAGUCACUCAGUAAUAUUCAGCAGUUUUGCUGUUAUUUCAAAGAACUUCCAGCUGUGGAAUUACGAAAUGGGAAAACAGCAGGGAGGCGGACUUAUCACACCAGGAGCCAAGGGGAUAACAAUGUUUCCUUGGUAGAAGAGUUUAGAAAAACAUUGUGUGCUUUAUGGCAAGGCAGCCAAACUGCAUUUAGCCCAGAAUCCUUAUUUUAUGUUGUUUGGAAAAUCAUGCCAAAUUUUAGGGGUUAUCAGCAGCAGGAUGCCCAUGAAUUUAUGCGCUAUCUUUUGGACCAUCUACACUUGGAACUCCAGGGAGGCUUCAAUGGAGUUUCUCGAUCAGUAAUUCUGCAAGAGAAUUCUAGUCUUUCUGCAAGUAACAAAUGUUGCAUAAAUGGAGCAUCUACUGUUGUCACAGCUAUAUUUGGAGGCAUUCUUCAAAAUGAAGUUAACUGCUUAAUAUGUGGGACAGAAUCUAGAAAAUUUGAUCCAUUUCUUGACCUUUCAUUAGAUAUUCCCAGUCAGUUUAGAAACAAGCGUUCUAAGAACCAAGAAAAUGGGCCGUUGUGUUCACUCCGAGAUUGUCUUCGUAGUUUUACAGACUUGGAAGAACUUGAUGAGACGGAACUAUAUAUGUGCCACAAAUGCAAAAAGAAGCAGAAGUCCACCAAAAAAUUUUGGAUUCAGAAAUUACCAAAGGUGCUAUGCUUACACUUGAAAAGAUUUCAUUGGACAGCCUAUCUAAGAAACAAGGUCGAUACCUAUGUAGAAUUUCCUCUGAGAGGCCUAGAUAUGAAAUGCUACUUAUUAGAGCCUGAGAAUAGUGGCCCAGAAAGCUGCCUUUAUGACCUUGCUGCAGUUGUUGUGCAUCAUGGUUCAGGUGUUGGUUCUGGACAUUACACAGCUUAUGCAACUCACGAAGGUCGCUGGUUCCAUUUCAAUGACAGCACCGUAACGCUGACAGAUGAAGAGACCGUGGUGAAAGCCAAGGCCUACAUCCUCUUCUACGUGGAGCGCCAGGCCCGAGCUGGCUCGGAAAAGCUCUGAUCCUACUGCAGCGCCCUCUACCAAGUCCACCGGACAAAACAUUUCCAAUUUUCCACAAAUACUUGAUCCAAGACUAUUGAUUUCAUUGUGCACUUUUCAGCUUCCUAUCGUGGGUUUCAUUUUGUUGUGUCAAUGGUAGCAUUCAACUUGGACGCAAACUUAUUUUUUAGUUUUACCAGAAAACCCCAGCAGACAUUUUGAUUUGCUGCUUUAGUUGUGGUAACUAUAUAUAUAUAUAUAUGUGUGUGUGUUUAUAUAUAUACAUAUGUAUAUGUACACAUAUACAUAUAGUUUCAUGAAUUUUAGUUCUGUUUGACUUUUUCUAUCGAUGUUUUCAGUUCUCACUUUCACAAGGCACAUUUACAUCAGGCAUUCUUAUCAUUGUGUGCCGCAGGCAAGAUCAACGUGUUCAUUAUUUUGUGAGGAGCAAUGGAAAUUCUUGCUGCAUUUUCACAGCUGUGAUGUAGAUGAGCUUGACCUAGUAAAUCAAGGAUUGUGCUGUAUCCCAUGAAAUCUACCAGUGACCUCAACAGUCCUUCUUUGCCUACAGAAGAGAAAGAGGUUGCAUCAUUAAUGAAGAGAAUGCUGCUAUCAGUGGAUAUGAAGGCUGCUGUAUUUUAGCUUUAACCUUCAAUAAUUGCUGGUUUAGAAUCUGGUCUGCAGAUUCAGGUAGUGAGGCUAUUAUUAGAAACUAAGUUCAGUUACCUUGUAAGUGAAUUGUCCUUUCUCAAUUAAUAUUUGAAGAAGUCCUCAAGGUUAAUUUGGGAUGCACAGAGUGGGUCUUGUCAUUGGCAUUUAGAUAAAGAGCUAGCUAGACCUGUGCCUUCUGGAGCUGUUCGCUGAUCCCUCUAGAACAGGACUCGUAUUCAGUCCCAUUUUCCAGUUUCUAUGCUUAUACAUGACAGCUUAGUUAAGAUGUGAAUUAUCAAAACUGAGCUUCUGAGGCUUUGGUAUCACUUAUUAAGGGUGUGGAAGGGGGUAUUCUGAUUUUUAGAACUCAGAACUUCAAUAGCUCUCAUUGACAUUGCAUCAACACCUUUGUGGUCAAAUUGAAAAUGUGCUUUAUUGGAUUGUAUAGGAAGAGAAAUUCUGCUCCCAAGGUCAAGAGCUCUUGUUUAAAAUUGUUUUCUAGGGAAGAAAAAAAAGAGAGAAAAUGGAGGCCCUUCAAUCUAACUCUUUGGUGUUGAAUUUUAGACUCCGAUUCCCACAAUAGCUGUGUCAGUUCUGUAGGUAUCCCCUGCAAUGCAAGGGCAUUAUCUGUAUGGCUGCAUAAUUCAGCGGCUGGAGAAGAGGAGGCUGCUUGAGUACGUGGAGAAGAGAGAUCCUGAAAUGACCUUAUAUAUGUUGGAACAUCAUAUCUAUUUUUUCCAUCCCUUGUUCUAGUGCUUUUUUCCCUUUCUUCUUUUUCUAAAAGUUGUAAUGAAGGACUGAACAUAAUUCCUGCCAAGCUAGCCAACCAACCAAGCAGACUUCUUAGGAAUGAUGUCUGACAAGUAAAAAGGAGCGGUUGAGAUGUUGUAAAGGCCUCUCUUUAAAGAUGUCGCUAUUCAGUGACCUUCUCCUAAUCAUAUAUUUGAAACCGCCAGGAACAGAUAUUGGGACGUCAUUUCCAUUUCAGUAUUAACACGUUUUGUCAUAGCUUAAUACACCUGCCAGAUAAACACUUAAGGAUGAAAAGCAACAAACCAUAAUCAAAUAUAUCAAAUGUUAUUCCUAAAGAGACUGCAUUGCUAACCUCCCCAAAUCUUAGAAGCUAUUUGGAAGGAAAAAAAAGGAAAGUGUUGGUUUGUGUAGAAAUCGAACUCCCUCACAACGUUGCUUAGUUGUUCAUAAAUAUGAAAACACACCUGGCUGAGCCUGACAUUUGAUUCCCCUUCGGGACCCUUUCGAGACACAAAAAGCAGAGUGACUUUAUUGUGUUUAACAAGUGGGACGGUGAAUAAAGUCAUGUGUUGCUUUGAAUUGGACAUUCACAAUCUUAGUGUGCUUAUCUGCCAUUUGCAUCUGAUUGUUGUUCUUUGUUAAAAUGGGUCGUUUUUAAUCACUUAAACUUACUUAAUGGCUUUGGCAGCCUUCCUUCUGAUGGAGGAAAAUAGCUGUAAAUCCCACCUGAUUUGGUAGCAAGGUGGAUGAAAGUGUUGGGGAGGAGAAAGGCAGGGGACCUGUGACCUGCUCCUGCCUGCAUCACUGUUGGGAUGCAUGUGUUGCAUCUCUCUUCACAUAUUUUAGAAUGUUAUCAUGACUCUUUGGAAAGGCGAAUCGAAACCAUUUGAGUUAACCCAACAGCGAACUAAGCUGCGUAGUCAGCCACACCAGUGAUGUAAAUGUGCCUGUUUUGUAUUUUAGAAAUUUAACUGUGUAAUCUUUGUCACAAUUAUUUUAAAAGCUGAUUCUGUUUUCUGUUCUCCUUCUGGGCUUUUUUUUUUUUCUCAUUUGGUGCCAUGUUGUCUCCUUUAUGUAUAAAUGGCCUCUGGCUAGAAAACACCAGCAGGGCCUGAUGCAUCAAGGUACAUGCCUCCUUUGGAGAAGAAAACUUUAACAUCCUCCCACUCCAAACACAGAUGUAUGAUACAAACAGUCUGUUUGUGGCAACACAGAUAUCUCUCCAUGAUGGAGAAAACUUUGCUUAUCCACUGUAUUCUACUCAGUGUGUAGUGAUGACAAAUGUAACUCACAAUUGAACCAGUGAAGUAUGCUGUCCCUCUUUGAGUGUUAAAAAUGUAAGCUGCCUAUGAAACUCAUUCAGUCAGUGUGGUUUCUGGGCCUGGCAUUGGGGCAUAUUUAUUUCUUGAAACCUAUGUGUCUUUUUGGUCUCAUUGUUCUAAUGUACAUAUCUCCCUUUUCCAUAUUCCUUAUCCUUCUUCCCUCCCCUAAGCUACUUAAGGGUCACACGGGACUGGGUUCUCCAUAGCACACCACCUUCUUUUCACAACUCAGAUGGCGGACAUCAUGUGUGCAGCCAUGUGGCCAGCUCAGGCAGCCAGGUGUACCCAGAAAGCAUGGAGCCUCUCUAGUCAGCCUGUUGACUCUUCCCUACCAGGGAGACUUUUUUGAAGGUAUCCAACCUGGAGCAUCCCCAGGGCAGUGUGUGUCCCUGCAGUGUGCUGCCGGUGCUGGGAGUAUCCACACACAACACAGGAAGGUGAAGACUUUCACGCCAUAGCCACGCUUCAUUCCAUUGUCUCUGUAUCUCACCAAGGGGCUAAACAGGCUCGUCUUGUCAGCUCUGCUGCUGAUGUGCCAGAGGGCCUCAAGUCAUGUGGUGCUGUGGAUGUCAUCGUUUGCCAUUAAAAUCUAGCUUGUGUAAUGCAGAAAAAAAAAAAUCAUUUCACUGCGUGAAUAAUCUCUCCUUUUAAGUUGUACUUUGAUUCUUUUUCUUCUUUGCCAACUUGAGAUGUUUUAUGGAAAAGUAUCAUUAAAGAUCUGGUCUCUUUUCUUUGACUAUUAA